AGGAGAAAUAGUGGACAGUGGCACUCUCCGACAUACCCGGCUUUCCAGACCUCAAGGUUCAACGAACUCAAAGCUCGAACAACAGAGAAACAGUGGACAGUGGCACUCUCCGACAUAGCCGACUACGAGAAUCGACCGUUGAUGAGUUUAGACUACGUACCGAACACGAUUGCCUAUAAACACCUUCACAGAUUGGGAGUAUACACUCAACUCACAUGUACACCUUCACAGAUUGGGAGUAUACACUCAACCCACAUGGACCUUCACAGAUUGGGAGUAUACACUCAACCCACAUGCCCAUUUCACAGACUGGGAGUAUACACUCAACCCACAUGCCCUCUGGAUUGGGAGUAUACACUCAACCCACAUGCCCCCUAUGUAGCCUGGGAGUAUACACUCAACCCACAUGCCCUCUAUACUACGUACUGGACAACCGUUGAUGAGUUUAGACUACGUACCGAACACGAUUGCCUAUCAAAACACCUUCACAGAUUGGGAGUAUACACUCAACUCACAUGUACACCUUCACAGAUUGGGAGUAUACACUCAACCCACAUGGACCUUCACAGAUUGGGAGUAUACACUCAACCCACAUGCCCCCUUCACAGAUUGGGAGUAUACACUCAACCCAUAUGCCCUUUCACAGACUGGGAGUAUACACUCAACCCACAUGCCCUCUGCACAGAUUCGUACCGGACACGAUUGCUUGACAAAACACCUUCACAGAUAGCCGUUGAUGAGUUUAGACUACGUACCGAACACGAUUGCCUAUCAAAACACCUUCACAGAUUGGGAGUAUACACUCAACUCACAUGUACACCUUCACAGAUUGGGAGUAUACACUCAACCCACAUGGACCUUCACAGAUUGGGAACUGGGAGUAUACACUCAACCCACAUGCCCUCUGGAUUGGGAGUAUACACUCAACCCACAUGCCCCCUAUGUAGCCUGGGAGUAUACACUCAACCCACAUGCCCUCUAUGUAACCUAAGAGUAUACACUCAACCCACAUCCCCUCUAUGUAACCUACAGGAGGAAAUGGUAUACACUCAACCCACAUACCCUCUAUGUAACCUACAGGAGCCACUCACCCUCUAUGUAACCUACAUGAGGAAAUGGAGAAGACCCACCUGA